AUGAGGGGGACCAUUUUUAAAAUUGUGUCAAUAAAUAUUUGAUUUUCUAGUAUGCAAUGCAAUUACUGUUUCCAUUAAUAAGCAAUAAAUAUUACAUCUCCUCUAAUCAAGAAGGAAAUCACGAAGUGAGAUAUAAUCGUCGUCAACUCGCCAAGAGCCAAGAGGGCCUCAUCAAUCAUCGUACGCUGUAGAAAAUUUGCAAACCCUAAUCAAUUCGCAUCUACCCUUCCCCCACCGCCCACCUGAUCCACAUUUCAAUCGUUUUGGCACGAUUUGCAGCUUUCAUCAGCAUUUCAAUCAAAUAUAAAAAUCUAUAGCUGCAGUUGAACUGCAGAGCAGUAAUCCAACCCAACUGCAGCACUGCCUUCAAUCUUCAAUAAUACCUGGUGUUUCUGAGGAAAGUCGCUGCAAAAAAAUGUCUGCUUCACACCAUAGUAUUCCAUCUCUUUCUCGGUUUCAGUGCUUCUCAGCUGUUCACCACCGUUUUACGCCGCGAUACGGGUUCAAGAAUCCGAAUUUUCGCGCCCCUUUUGGUGUCGAGUGUUCGAAUUUUUUGCCGUCUGCUCUGCCGAUUUCAAGCAGCCAUGCGUCCCCUCUGUCUUCGUUCAGCCAGUUGAUUGAGACUUUGAUAAGCGGGGUGGAUUUAUCGGAAGCUGAAGCCGAGGCCUCUCUUGAUUUCUUGUUGGAUGGUGCUGACGAGGCUUUGAUUAGCGCAUUUUUGGUGCUAUUAAGAGCCAAAGGGGAAACUUAUGAAGAAGUAGUUGGGCUAGCCAGAGCAAUGGUAAAGCAUUGUCGAAAAGUGGAAGGGCUGGUUGAUGCUGUUGACAUUGUUGGGACUGGUGGUGAUGGCGCAAAUACUGUUAAUAUCUCUACCGGAGCUUCGAUUCUUGCUGCAGCUAGUGGCGCAAGAGUGGCUAAGCAAGGGAAUCGGUCUAGUUCAUCUGCUUGUGGUAGUGCCGAUGUACUCGAAGCUUUAGGGGUUGCAAUUAGCUUGGAACCAGAGGGUGUUAGAAGGUGUGUAAAUGAAGCAGGAAUUGGUUUUAUGAUGGCUCCGAUAUAUCAUCCUGCAAUGAAAAUUGUUAGACCUGUCCGGUCAAAGCUGAAAGUAAAGACUGUAUUUAACAUCUUAGGGCCCAUGUUGAAUCCAGCUAGAGUUCCUUUCGCUGUCGUUGGGGUGUACACUGAAGAUCUGGUCCAUAAAAUGGCAAAAGCACUUCAAAGAUUUGGCAUGAAAAGAGCGCUGAUCGUUCACUCUGAGGGACUGGACGAGAUGAGUCCCCUUGGGCCAGGACUAGUUCUUGAUGUCACUCCAGAUAAGAUAGAAAAGUUUUCAUUUGAUCCAUUGGACUUUGGAAUCCCUCGCUGCACAGUGGAGGACUUGCGAGGUGGGGGGCCGGAGUACAACGCAGACGUGCUGAGGCGCGUUCUAGCAGGAGAAAAGGGGUCUAUCGCUGAUGCCUUGGUGCUGAACGCGGCAGCUGCUCUUCUUGUAAGUGGGCGUGUAAACAAUCUAGCAGAAGGAGUGGAUCUUGCUCGUGAAACGCAUGAAUCUGGGAAAGCCCUCAAGACCCUCCAUCGCUGGAUCGAGACGUCGAAUAAGGUGGAAGAAGCGGUUAUUGAUGCGGUCGUUCCCGCGUAAAUACCAUCCAAGAGCUGAUAGCUGUUGUGCCUCAACCCGUGCUGCAAAAUGUAGGCCUCAUAACAAAAGAAUAAAGGAAGUUUGUAAUCGUGCAUCCCCCCCCCCCCCCCCCCCCUUUUCAGUGAAGAUGUAAAUCGUGAAAUGAAAUCUGCUUGUUGUAGUCGCUAGAGUUGUAUACUACAUGUAUUUGUAUGCUAUGGGGACUGCCUUUUUAUAAAUAAAUAAAUAUAAGACCCACCUUCACUCAAA